GAAUUUAUAAAUGGUGGAAAUGGGCUUUAAUACAGAGAUACCACAGAGAGCUCAGUGAGAGUAGUCUUACGAUAAUCUGACACAUUUUGAUCGACAGAUAACAACGACAAUGAAGGGAUUUUUGAUGUUCAUCUUUUUGUUCUUGGCAGCUAUUCAGUGUAUCAUAGGAGAAGCGAACAGGAUAGAUGUGCGUAAAAAACAUGAAAACGACGCGGGGUCUCCCAGCUCUGCCAUAACCACAGGAGUGUGGAAUCAGGAGAAACCAAAGAGACUGUUUUCCAGGACUCGCUAUUUGUCUCAGCAGAGACAUCAUGUGGUGAGAACUAAGCCCAGGCCCGAGGCACCUUCUCCUGUCCAGACUCCAGCACGUCGCUGUGGAGGUCUGAUGGAGAGCUGCUCUUCACUUACUCCCUGCUGCGACCCGUGUGCUUCCUGCCACUGCAGGCUUUUCAAUACAAUCUGUCACUGCUGGAGACUGGGACCCUUCUGCACCAAGAAGACCUAGCAUUUACCAUUUAAUCAACGGUUUUAUAGUAAAUAUAUAUAUCGGUGAAUAUUAACUGGUAUACUCUCCUGAGCUUUGUGAUGGUUUAUGCUCUCAGCAAACAAUAAUUAACUGCAAAAUAUAUAUUUUUCCUUUUUACAGAUGAUUCUGUAUUUAAUGUAGCCUGGUAGUUUUAUUUUCACAUCCAGUAUGUGGUGACAUAUUUCUACUAAGCCUUUUUGAACUAUAAAUAUACUAUUUGCGUUUAGUAUUGUAUUGUUAUGCCGUCCGAUACUCAGCCCACCAGUUGAGAAACAUUGCUAUGUAUCACACAUGCUGCUGCACUAACAUUUAACAAAGGAAUAAUUGUAUUUUUUCCUGUAUAAUGUAUGUGUAAAUUUAUAAGCGAGUUAUUCACUUUCUUUUUUUUUAGCUGAAACUCUGUUGCGACAUGUUUGCCAGUUAUUACAGUGAUCUCCUAUACUGUAGAUCCGUGUUGGCCAAGGCUCUUUUUAUUAAUAUUAUUUGAUGCCAGGGGCAUGUAACAUAAUCUUAACUUCCUUAAACGAUUUAGUCACUAAAAUACCUUUGUAUGAGAAAAGUCAUUUUCGGUGCAGUUAUUGUGAAUGAUAUUGUUUUCAGCCACUCUCAUUUCUAUUGUAACGACUGCAAAUGUUCAGUGUUUGUUUAUAUCCAGAAAAUUACAGCUCUGUUUGCAGAGGCGGACACUACUUAAGUACUUUUACUUUCUACAUUAAAGUAAAUUUUUAAGUAUUUGUAUUUUAUCAGUGUUUUUCUCUGGAGAACACAUUCCAAAGCAUACUGUCAUAAUUUUUACUCCACUACAUUUUAUAAUUUCAAGUUUUUGGUUUAUAUUUAAUAUUUAAGUACAUUAAACAUCUAUUGGUUUUUACUUUUACUCAAGAAAAGUAAAAGUACACAAUUUUUAUGUAAUCAUGUAUUAAAUACAUUUUAAUAUGCAAUAUAAAAGGAAUACACAGUAUGAUUCUAGAAUGUAGUGAACAUUUUUUUAGUAUAAGUACAUUUUUUCCCAAGACAAACACUCUGAUAAAGCACAGAUGCUUGAAAAAUUUACUUAAAAUAUUCAAGUAGUGUCCGCCUCUGUCUGUCUGUGAAUGUAAAGUAUAAGCUUUACUGUGGAUUUAAAGUAAUUUUGAGAGAAAAGUUGUAAACUACUACCCCUCAUCACAUAUUUCUAUCGAUUGUCAGGUCAUAUUGACUGAAUAUUAUUGGGAAAUACACUUUUAUUUUGAAUAAAACAACAUUUAUUAUCCCA